CAAUCAUCAUUCCAUUUCAUCUCCCUCAACCCCAAUUUCGUCCCAAAACCCUCACACCACCGUCACCGUACCACCACCAUCCUCCUCCGGCACCACCACCACCACUCACCAACCACCUCUCCACACCCCCGUAACCCAUUCCCCCAAACCAAUUCCACCCAAUUCUUAUGCUAGGGUUUCAAAAUGAACAAUUUCGACCAAACAACAUACUCAGGCUCCAAAUCAAUCAACGAAUCAGUCAACGGGUCGCACGAUUUCACAAUCAGAGGGUACUCUUUAGCGAAAGGGAUGGGUGCGGGUAAGUACAUAUCAAGCGAUACGUUCACGGUUGGUGGGUACGAUUGGGCGAUAUACUUUUACCCAGAUGGGAAGAAUUUGGAGGAUAAUUCGACCUACGUAUCUGUGUUUAUAGCGCUUGCGAGUGAAGGGUCGGAUGUUAGGGCCUUGUUUGAGCUGACUUUGCUUGAUCAGAGUGGAAAAGGGAAGCAUAAGGUUCAUAGUCAUUUUGAUCGUGCCUUGGAGAGUGGCCCUUAUACUUUGAAGUAUAGAGGAAGCAUGUGGGGUUACAAACGUUUCUUCAGAAGGCAAAGUUUGGAAACAUCUGACUAUCUGAAGGACGAUUGCCUUUCAAUGCAUUGCACUGUUGGCGUUGUCAGAAACCGCGUUGAGGGACCAAAACAUUUCACUAUCGCUAUACCCCCAUCCGACAUGGGCCAAAAUCUCAACUACUUGUUAGAAACCGAAACCGGCUGCGAUAUACUCUUCCGUGUCGGUGACGAGACUUUCAAGGCCCAUAAAUUGAUACUUGCCGCUCGUUCUCCUGUAUUUCGAGCCCAGUUUUUCGGGCUUGUUGGUAACCCUAAUAUGGAUGAAGUAGCGUUGGAGGACAUCGAACCCUCCAUUUUCAAAGCUAUGCUUUUUUUCAUUUACUCAGAUACGCUUCCCGAUUCACAACAAUUUACGGGCUCAAUGUCGACAUCCACAUCAACAAUCAUGAUUCAACAUCUAUUGGCUGCUGCUGACCGUUUUGGUCUAGAUCGCUUGAAACAGUUGUGUGAAGCGAAGUUAUGCGAAGAAGUUAAUGUUGAUACAGUGGCAACGACUCUUUCUCUUGCUGAUCAACACCGUUGUUCUCAGCUUAAGGCUAUUUGUCUGAAAUUUGCUUCCGCAAACUUGGGAGCGGUGAUGCAAACAGAAGGGUUCAAAUAUGUAGAAGAAACAUGUCCUUUGUUGCUAUCGGAGCUUCUAGAAACAGUUGCAUCAGCCGCGGUAGAUGAGCGAUCAGGUGAAGGGGGGUUAACGAGGAAGAGAAGCGGCAGCAGCAUCAUCGGCUUAGAUCUAGCGGCAGCAGCAGGCGCCGUCCACAUGGUGGUUGAGGAUGAUCCUAACGUCAGGCGUGUGCGUAGACGGGCGUAAUCUGUAAUUGUAUCAUCUUACUUGCUUAUAGUUACCAUAUUUUGAUUUUCUGAAUUCCAAAUUGUAAUGGACACUGGUUUAAGUUUGGGCCUUUAGUAACCUACAACUGCUAAGCUUUGCAUAACAUGUACACAAUUGGUAUGUGCCUUCUGUUCUUGCUGUCGUUUAUGGCUUUUGUACUU